AUGCCGCUGCAGACGCUUACGCCGGAGUUGGCAGCGCAAAUCGCGGCCGACUACCCGAAGCUGCAAAGCCUCAAUUUAUCCUGCAACGCACUGCGCGACGUGCGUCAUCUGCAGCUCCUACCGCAAUCUUUAGUGCAGCUGGAUUUGAGCGGCAACUGUCUUUUGGCGCUGCCCGAGGAGCUGGGCACAUGGCUGCCUGCGCUUCGAUUACUUCGUCUACAUGGAAAUGCGUUAGAGUCAUUGCGUGCGCUGGGUGGAUGUAAGCAGCUGCAGACUUUAGACGUCGGUGCUAAUAAUGUAGCGCUUGUUAGUGAGUUGCGGUUCUUACAACCACUGACGCAGCUUCGUCACCUUACAUUAAGCGAAAAUCUGCUCGCUGAGUCGGUCAUAUAUCGCCGCGAAACACUUGCCAUGCUACCGCAGCUACAGACGUUGGAUGGUCUGGAAAUUACUGUGGCUGAGAGGCUGCACGCCAAACUGCAGCUCAAAACGCAGCUUCAAAAUGACGUUUUGUCACCAAGGGAUCAGUCACCAGCGCCGUCGCGAAAAUUGCUGCUACCAGAUAGUCUUCGAAUACAACAAAAUUGGAAAGAGCCGGUCACAAUGCUGCCAGUGAAAUCAUUAACAAUUGCCACCGUGAAUGGAUUAAAAAAGACGAAUGAGGUGAAUCAAAACGAGACGCAAUGUAAUGCGAACGAAAAGAAGUCUGUUGCAAGGGCUGAGGAGGGAGGACAGCCGUCACCUUUACCUUUACCUUUCCCUUUACCUACAGCCACAACAGUCACGACAUCACUAACACAAGCACCGCCAUUUGGCCCCUCAGUCCCAAAAAAAGGAGAAAUGGUUCGCCCACAGGCCACAAAGUUAAAUCUACAAGGUUACAAUUAUCCUCGACACGGGAUCAAAGAGCCACGAAUUUUUGAGGAUAAAUUUGACGCGAACACGAGGUCCCAGCGAACCAAUAAUCAAUAUGACAGUAGUGCUACAGAGAAUGCCGAGACAAGAGAGUCGUUACUGAAAAGUCGUGUAGAGGCACUUGAGGGUAUUCUAGCAAUUCAAGACAGGACAAUGAGGCAAACUUUACUACAGUUUGGCGAACAAAGUUCACAUUUUCAGACAAAUUACUUCAGCAAAUCUAAUUCUGAUGUUGCGCCAACAGUGAAAGCGGCCGCAGCUGUGUACACUCGGCUACUUGCUGCUUGGCGAGAAAAGUGUGUCGGACUUAUGGUUCAAGCCCAAUCCAACCAGCUUGCAAACGAGGCUAUAAUGGAUCGAUUUCAACAACAAGAGGGCUUACUUUCCAGAGAUCUUGCACGCUGUGAAGAAAACAUCGAGAUGUGGCAGCGGCGUGCAGCAGAUUUCGAAGCUCAGCGCGAUCUAGAGGUAGUAGCAACACGCCAAGCUGAGGCCCAGCGAGUAAAAGCUAAUGAAAAAUGUGAGCGUGCUGUUCGGACAUUGGCAGUAGAGCGUGAAAAAUUGCAGUCAUUGUCAGAGAAUGUCGUUCAAUUCACAGGCGGGCUUGUUCGUGAAAAAGUAGAACUGCUCCAUGGUAGUUGUGCGAGGCUGCAAGCAUUAGAACGACGUCUAGUGCUCGCAAAAGAACGAAUUGACCUGGCUUUUUUUCUCGUAACGCAUCGAGAGGCGAGACUGCGCAAUAGUGAGGCUGCACUGGAGGCUGACCGGAGGGUAUGGGCACAUCGGUUGGAGCAGAUGCGCAACACAAGACUACAAGGCCAAGAAAAUAGUGACGAAAACAAUCAUGAUAAAUCUGAUGUAACUAUGCGUCUACUAUCGGACGGAAAACUUCUUCGUCCAGCAACAGAAACAGCGCUACGCGCGUUAUUCCAUGGUCUGGAUUGCUAUGACACCGGAAUGAUACAAUCUCACGUGUUGCUUCAUGCUCUACGACAUGGAGACACAGCCGUGCUAAAUGUCGUUGGAGGCCCUAAAAAAUUGUCAAAGCUCGUAUCUCACGUCGAGGCUGCAUUAGCUGAAAGGAACAGAGGCACACUCACUUGGGGUGAAUUCUUGUUACUUUUCAUUCCUGAGAGCUCUACGCCUUCAGCAAUGAUGUCUGAGAACUGCUUAGACCUUGCACAGAAGGUGUCAACACGUAGCCUCAGCGACUCGACUGACGUCUGCUAUCUUUGCACAAAGAUGAAAAAUAAUGAGCAUCCAAGCUGGCCAUUUGAUUCGAUGUCAUCCACUUCUCAUCUCUUAGAUCAAACCGACAAAGAAACGAUAAAAGUAAGAAAUCGAAGAGAGCUUAAGGCAAUGGAGACGCUUAGUCUCACAGAACUCGUGCACCAGGUAGCCGUUUUAAAAAAAGAUCGUCAGUAUCUUUGGCACUUACUCGCACGCGAUGCCCAUGAUUUGCGCGGUCGCGUGCGUCGUGUUCGUCAGGAAUGGGAAGCAAAAACGAGCAAGUUAGUUCUUCAGGUCGAGAAUCUUCAGCGGGAUCUAAAAGAGCAGAUCAAAAUUGUACAAAAUAAUCAUGAACAACAAGAGCAAGCGAAAGUAGCUCAGGAUGAGGCUUCACUGGAGAUUCAGAGAUUGCGUGAGCUGUUAUCAACGCAAAAGCAUGAUUUUGAGUUGCAAAGGAAUAAGCAAGAGGCAGAAUUAGCAGAUCGACUUCAGCACGAGCACGAUGUCUGGCAAACUGAAAUUCAAGAUGCUCGCUUGGCGCAUUCGCUGCUUCAAAUUGAGCACGGCAAGCAACAGGUGCGGAUUCGACAGCUCGAACGAGACAUUACACGCCAAAAGGAAUCACUUAUCGCCCAUGAGACAGAACGAGUUGCGAGUUUGGAAGACAAAGUACGUCGACGUGACUCUGAGUUGGCACGUUUAAGGCGAGAACAAAAUACGAUCUUAAACUCAUUGCGCGCACACGAGCAGAAGCUAGCGAUGGUCAAUGCUGAGAUGGAAGCAAUGCCGACAGAAUCCGUUGCAACUCAGACAGACCGAACAUCAUUUGUAACGCAAAAAAGCAUGGGGUCUCAGACACAUGCUGUUCAAGCAGGUGGCAAACGAGAUAAAACGCACGAUCAAAAUAUGCCCGUCCUUCGAAUCGGCUCCGACAAUAACUUGUGA